UAUAUAACGGGACAGCGUCCAGUGACCUACUUCAGCGUGAUUUUAAUUAGGAGGAACACUUAUCUGCAAUCAACGUAAUCCCUGGUAUUAAUAGCUGGAUUUUAGUCACAUUUACACCGGUAGGACGAACACACGCUAAUCCAUGGAGGAGCCAGAAGUCUCGCUGACGAUUCGGCCUAAAAAAGUAAAAACAGAAAAGAAGAGAGAAUCGGAUGCAUCGCAGGAUGAAAUCAAGCAGUUUAAGGAGAAUCUUCUUCAAUCGUUGUCAACGGGAGCAACUGUUCUCUCUGAUGCUAACGAUGAGCUGACUGUUCCGAUGGUGCCGCGGUCCCGGUCGGCCUCGCGAGCUAGAGACGCCCUACAGAUACCGCCUAACGUCCUCGCUGAGUUGGACGAGAAUAAGAUAUUUGAGCUCAAAGAGGCAUUCCUCCUUUUCGACAUGAAUGGAGACGGCUGCAUAGACUUCGACGAUCUGCGAGCGACCCUCGUGAGCCUCGGCGAGACCAUAGAUGAAGAGGCUGUGAAAAAAAUGAUGGCAGAGGCAUCAGAGCCCCUAGACUUUGACGCAUUCGUGAACCUGCUGGGCUACCGGACGUUGGAGCUGGACUCUGAGGAGACACUGGUGGAAGCGCUGUCGCGGUGGGAUACGCACAACACCGGCUACAUCUCCGAGGAGAGGAUACGACACGAUCUUAUGACCUGGGGCGACCGUUUCACCGAGAAGGAGGCAGAUUACGCGCUAGACGAAGCCCCGAUUAUAAAAAAAGAUGGCUACAAUUUUAUAGACUAUAAGCAGUUCUGUCGUAAACUAUGCGGCCUCAAAAAACCUAAUAAAGAUGCCUUGAAAGUUGUUUAGUAUGUUAAUAAAAUGUUUCGGAUGGUU